CCCUGGGAGGAGUGGAUGCAUCAUAAGCAGAUCUGGAGACAGGCAGGAUGUGAACGCGCUCUCGCGCAGCUGGAGCUGAAAGAUGAUGAUGACUUUGACAAAGAUAAAGGCAGAACUUUGGUAUUAGAUCAGUUCGGUUCCAGUCAUUGUCCGCUGAGUUUUGAUAGCAAGAAGUCCGCUUUAACUUUAAUGUUUUGUGACGAGGAGAGCGACACGGAGUCGUCCGCGUGCGGAUCUGGAUUUCCUCUCCACAUCAUCCCUGUUUCUGUGAUUCACUCUGUUAGUGUGUCAGGAUGGGCUAAAAACAAUUGCUAGCAGCUGCGCACCAUACACCUGGACCCUCCACAGUCACACCUGUGCACAGGUAAACAGGUGGUGAGUCUCGACACCAUGCAGGGACCUCGGAGGAAGGUGAAGGUCAUGGUGAUGAUGACAAUGGUGUUCAUCUUCAUAGUGGUGGAGGUCUCUCGCAAUGCUGGGAAGGGUGACGGCAACAAAAAUAAGCAGCUGGUUCCCACGAAGCGUUUCUGGGCAAAAGAUCUCCCCAGUGACGCCUACUGGAAUCGCCGGCAGCAACAGCUGAACUACAUCAACAAUCGCAACCUAGAAAAGCUCAACUUCACGAUUGAUAAGCUUCCAGACUGGCUAAACGACACAGUCAGUCUGGACUCCUGUGAGCCGGACUUCAGGGUGACCACCCAAGUCAAGGAUUACAACUCGCUACCGGAUCGCUUCAAGGACUUUCUGCUUUACAUGCGCUGCAGGUCCUAUCCCAUCGUGAUGGAUCAGCCAAACAUAUGCAAAGACCCACCGUUCCUCCUCCUAGCUAUUAAAUCUUUAGUCCCGCACUUUGAUCGACGUCAGGCCAUCCGUGAGUCGUGGGGCAAAGCUGGCCUCCUUGCAAACAGAACGGUCAUUACGGUGUUUCUUCUUGGAAAUGCAGCCACGGAGGACCACUUUCCUGAUCUCUCGAAGAUGCUUCUCCAUGAGAGCUCCAUACAUGGAGAUAUUCUUCAAUGGGACUAUAGGGAUACCUUCUUCAACCUCACCAUCAAGGAAGUGCUUUUCCUGGAAUGGCUGAACACCCGCUGUCCUGGAGUCAGUUACGUCUUCAAGGGCGAUGACGAUGUUUUUGUUAACACCAUCCGCAUUAUAGACUUCCUAAUCAAUCUUUCUCAUGCCAAAGCCAAGGACCUGUUUGUAGGAGAUGUGAUUACCAACGCUGGUCCACACCGGGACAAAAAGGUCAAGUAUUUUAUCCCGGAAAGCAUGUUCGUUGGAACGUACCCUGCUUAUGCGGGUGGGGGCGGUUAUUUGUUCUCGGGACAGCUGGUCCAGAAACUUCAUAACGUCUCGAGGUUGGUGCCCCUCUACCCCAUCGAUGAUGUCUACACAGGUAUGUGCCUUAAGAAACUGGGCCUUGCUCCUGAGAAGAACAAAGGCUUCAGGACCUUUGAUAUCGAGGAGAAAUAUCGCGAUAAUGCCUGUGCCUAUAACAGCCUGAUGCUGGUCCAUCCCAGAAAUCCUCAACAUAUGAUUAAAAUCUGGGCCUGGCUGAAUGACCCAGCUUUGAACUGUCAGUGAACUGCUGAUCCAGGGUUUUGGCUGCUUUAAAGGGACAGUUCACCCAAAAAUGCUAAUUCUGUCAUCAUUUACACACCCUCAUGACAUUUUAAAACCGUAUGAUUGACUUUCUGUCUUUUCUUUCAUUCGUUUGACCAGAAAAACGCUGUCACGGAUCCCCUUUUUUUUGGUCCCCAUUGACUUUCAUUAUAUGGA